ACAUCACCCCGCCUUCAGUUCUCAGCUGGACCAAGUGGCAGCUGCGUCACGAGAGAGUAAAACUACCGCUAAACUGCUCCGUGUUCAGGUGAAUUACCCACCCAAUUAAAGCGGGACAUUUGAGCACCUGUGAACCAUGGAAGACCACGCCGAGCCUAGCAGCGUCCACACCAUCCCGCAGCAGCAGCCCGAAAACACGGUGCUCCUCACCCCGAGCUUCACCCGGUCCUCCGCCCCGUCCUCCCCGACCGGCACCCUCUCCCGGCUGGGCUUAAAAAUCCCGACCAGCCCGACCGCGGCGGUGGCGCCGGGCAGCCCGGUCGGCGGCCAGGUGAGCGCCAUCACCGUGGUGGCGCUGCUGGACAAGCUGGUGAACAUGCUGGAGGCGGUGCAGGACAACCAGCAGCGGAUGGAGCAGCGGCAGGCCGACCUGGAGGGCGCCGUGCGAGUCGUGCAGGGGGACGUGACCCGCCUGUCCAAGACCCACAUCGGCACCUCCAACAGCGUCAGCAAGCUGCUCGAGCGCUCCCGCAAAGUGAGCGGGCACCUGAAGGACGUGAGGGAGCGCAUGGAUAAGCAGGCGGUCCAGGUGAAGAAGCUGGAGGCGAACCACAGCCACCUGCUGAAGAGGAACCACUUUAAAGUGCUCAUCUUCCAGGAAGACAAUGAGAUCCCCUCCAGUGUGUUCGUCAAGGACUCCCUCAAGACCCCGCAACCGAGCCAGUACGAUGUAGAAUCCAUCCUCCCUGGUCCGUCCGUGGCCGGCUCCGUGGCCGGUUCCGUGGCCGGUUCCGUGGCUGGCAGCCGCGCUCAUGAGGAGGGUCUCCACACCAUCAGCCUGUCCUCUGACGACGACGACGAUCUCACUAUCCACCACGAAGAGUACGAGAUGUGCGAGGGCGAGGGCUCGAUGGGUCCGGGCACGUCCCGCUCAUUCGAGAGGAGGGCCGACAAGUUCAAGCGCGACAGCCUGAAGAAGGUCGACAGCCUCAAGAAGGCCUUCUCGCGUCAGAGCAUCGAGAAGAAGGUGAACCAGAUCACCACCAAGAUCGUGCCACCGGAGCAGCGCGAGAAAAUCCGGAAGAGCCUCACCCCGAACCAUCCCAAGAGCCCGACCGCCAAGUCCUCCUCUUUCAAAGUAAACCCCAUGACCUUCAACAUCAAGAAGGAAAGAGGCGGGGAGGCCUCCACGCAACACCUGGGCUCACCCGGGGAAGAAGCCCACGUAGAGAUUCCUGCUCUGGAAAGCUUCGAUGGAGAGAUACCCUUGGCCGAGGUAUAUACCCAGGAGGGAGUUGUGCAGAAGAUCCAGGAGAUGCAGAGUCCCUCCACCCCAGAGAGCAUGAAGGCCGAGCUGGCAAUCAACGGAGAGGCACCGAGCAUUGAGUGCGAGAUGAAUGGCAAUCGCUCUGCAGACCUGGCAGUUCCAGAGCUUUAUGAGGAGGAGGAGGAAGAAGUGGAGAAGCACAAAAGCCCGGUUGAGACCGCAGCAGAUGUCCAGAUUCCCACAGCAACAAUUACUGUAGCACAAGUGUCUUAAUAUGAUUUUAGUGAGCAGCAAUUCUAGUUUCCCCAUUCUUUCUUUUCUUGCUCAAAUUUCUACAUUCGUAAACACCCAGCAGGCACAAAUCCUCCCUCCAUUGUUCUUGCCAUAAACCCCCAAAUACACCAGAAGCAUAGUCCACCCUCGGACCCAUUCCUGCAACCCCGACCUUUUGAUCAUCACCAGCUUAGUCCUCAGACCUUGACACGCACUGUAAAAGCAACUGGGUUAACAGCUAGACCUCACCGUGUAUCAGAAUCUAGUGCACGUGCUUCCUAAACCCUGUUAGCAGGGCUGUCCAAAGAAAGCACCAUUACACCAAUGUACCGUAACUCCCAUCAACCGGUGGCCUUGUCCUCAAUAGCGGCACAUCUCUAAGGCGCUGGGCCAGCUAUCAUCCCUACUGCUGUGUUUGUCUGCCUCUGGAGCUUUCUUCCACACUGACAAACAGCCUAUUCGCUCUUUGUGUGUGAAAAAAUAGUAAAUCUUUGGUACUACCCACUGCCUGUUGAGGCAGUGUGUUGCCAGGUUGUGCUCGAGUUGGAAUGGGGGAGGUUCAGGGUUUUCAGUGAAAAGGCACGGGGAUGUUUUGUAGUGAACUAGAGGUUGUUUACUAAAUUCUUUUGGACCAACGCUGAAAGAAAAGAUCUCAACUAACAGGUGGCCAUGCUUCAGUCGUCUGAGCGGCGACAUCUCGUCUCCUGUCCUUCACCCGCGCUCGACAAAUAGUUUAAUACUUCCAUAGCGACAUGUCUAAAAUACCACAUGAGUUACAUGUGGUGCAUCAAUAAAUACUAAAAUGUUUUAGUAAUCUGUGUUUGUUCAGUAACCUCCACCAGCAGACAAUUAGAAUAAAUGGCAUUUAAAAUGGUCUAAAUGUUCUUGCGAAUCCCACUAAUUACAAGAUAAACAAAUAGCAGUUAACAUGUUUGCGCUCGGACAAGCUACUCUGUAUGCCGAGACAAAUUACACAAAGAACCCUGCAGCUUUCUAAUACUGACAUAUUAAAUGCCCCUUCGACAGCCCUUUGUCUUCUCUGCAGGGCAAAUUUGUAUGUUUAUGUACAGGAAUUAUUUUUAGUUUUUCUCUAUGCGAGGCACACUCCUCCCUAGGUAUUUACAGCUUAAACCCAAUAAAACGCUAACUUUACGAUAACCGCCUCGAGUGUGUGUACUUUAUACAGUGAAUGUUCCUAUGAAUUUGUUUUGAGUUACUAUAUGAUACUUUGUUGUUUUGUGAGUCAUCUUUUUUUUUUUUCCUUUUCAGGCAAUCCAUGACUUGCAUGGUGAAAUGUUUACUCGGCUUCAUAUGUUUAAGACAUAAACAUAUCUUAUACAUUUGCCAGGGCACCAUCGCUAAAUCCCCUCCCCCCUAGACACACACACACACACACACACCUACAGUGCCUUUUACCUUGCACACCCUGGUAUGAGUAACUGCAGUCCUGAAAGGAUGGAUUGUUUUUGUAGAUAAGAGUGAUUUGUAAAUGUUUUUCCUCUUCUGAGGAAUUCUUUGCCGCUAACACCUCCUGGGGCACAGUCAUGGGUUGAUACCGACGACAUAAAAGCUGAGAAUGUUUAAGUUGGAAGGACGUGCAAAUUCAUUCACAAUCAACCUCACGUUUUCAAAAAAGUGCCCUUUUCCUAUCUUGUUGCACACCGUUAGCGCUACGCCAGCCUUAGCUACAGGCCCAGACUCCCUAAAUAUAAUUUGGCAAGUGGUACCAGGUGCCACGGAUCCGGAUGCUAGAGAGGUCACAGAAGUGGAUAAAGGCAGAGGACAGCAGUCCUAGCUUUGACGGAUGACUCCCGCUCAGCCCAUUUUUCAUGAUCUCGGCCUCCUUGUUGAGACGUGAGGGAGACGCUCUGUGGAGCCACAGGUGUGUGUGUGUCUCCCCCCCCGUGGAGGCUCCUGGGCAUGAGCUUGUAGUGGAAAAGGGCCACGUGUGGGUGUUGGACUUCAGUUGUUGGAAAGGAUGAUAAAGUUGCCGUGGGGUUAGGUGUAAAAUGUAAACAUAUGUAAAGUUGUAAGAGUCUGAAAUGCCUUUAGACGUUUUGGAACUAACUAUGCAAAAUGAAUAAAUAAAUAAAGUCACACUUCAUUGAGGUCUAAUAAACACAGGAGAAAAGUAGUGCACAUGUCAUAGCAUACAUUGUUUAAACUAUUGCUUAACUUAAAGCCUUUCACUGUAUGUGCUUCAUGCGUUACCAUUAACCUGCCAGUUUGCUCAAUGGGAUCUGUAAGGAGAAAAUAAAUAAAUAGACGUGAAUGAUCUGAAA